GGCGGAGUUGUAGGCAGUGGCUUUGCCAACAUCUUCUCUCAAUCUACUUAAGCUCCGCGGAACCUCUUCGACAUGUCGAGCGCCACCAUCGACACUGGCACAACGAGUGCCGCGCUCGGAACGUCGGAAACUACGCCAGUAGCAGAGAGUAAGUCUGCGAGAACUUCGGCCGCCCACACAACAUACCGUCGCCGGCAAAGAGCGGCACAGGCUUGCGAAACAUGCCACGCCAGAAAGGUCAGAUGCGACGUUUCGAUGCUGGGUGUGCCCUGCACGAACUGUGCAGCCUUUCGCGUCGAAUGUCAAGUUCCACAGCGGAACGCACUCUUCGCAGCCAACGUGAACUCCAGCUCAAUUGCUGGGCCUCGCCGGCUCGAGAGUGUGAUUGCUCCCAAGGUCCCUGCUCAGACGUCAACUCAAGCACCAACUACUCUUUACCACAUGUCAGAGCAGGGCCCUAUGCCAGCAUUGACAGAAGAGCAAGCGCAGGACCAGACUAUUGCCGCCACCAUGCUCAGAGAUCUAAUGAACAAGACCGAGUUCACUGUGCCAGACCUAGGAGAGACGGAUCAGGUCACCUUUCUGGGCGAAUCUGCAAGUGUGAAUUGGAUAAUCCGCGACCACAAUCACCCGUUGCAUUACCCCAUGGCCGCAAGGUUUGGACAGCUUGGUGCCGCCGGUCCAAGGCGGCUUGACAGUCUCGAAAUGGACAUAUUGGACCAGCGCGGCGCAUUCCGCCUGCCUCCCAAGCCCAUCCGCGACGAGCUCGUGGCUGCCUUCUUCAAGUGGGUUCAUCCUCUCGUGCCUGCCAUCAACAAAACACAAUUCAUGAGGGACUACGAGGAUCCAAGCAAGUCGACGUCGCUAUUCCUCCUACAGACCAUCAUGUUGGCAGGAUCCCGCGUCUGCAGGCACCCGAGGGUCUCUGGGAAUGUCGACUCGCAGAAGCAAUUAUCGCAGACAUUCUACGACAGAGCCAAAGCCUUGUAUGACGCCGGGUACGAAACAGAUCGGAUCAAGAUGAUCCAAGGGCUCAUUCUCAUGAGCUGGUUCUGUGGGACUCCGACAGCCGUCACCGACAACUCCUUCUUCUGGAUUAGUGUGGCGAUCUCGGUGGCAGAAGGGGCUGGUAUGCACCGCAGUAUCGAGCGCUCGAAUCUGAGCCGGAGCCAAAAGAGGACCUGGAAGCGGAUCUGGUGGACGCUUUACACGCGCGACCGCGAGAUUGCAAUCACUCUCGGCCGGCCUUGCAUCAUCAAGCUGGAAGAUUCUGACGUCGAGCCCGCCACGGCUGACGACCUGAUCGAUGAUGAGGCCGAUACCGUGGAUAUUAAUCGCUCGGCACCGUCUACAGAAGCACAGUUCUUCCUCGACUUUGUGCGGCUCUGCGACAUCAUCACCGUGAUCCUCUCUGAGCAGUAUUCCGUUAAUCGCCACAGACCACGGAACGCAGCUCUCGACCUGAUUCAGAGUGACAUGGCUCUUGGAGAAUGGAUGCAAGACUGUCAACUGCGGUGGUCUGAGUCAGACCAUAAUUUCUGGAGCGCUAUGUUGUCCUUGUAUUACCACACGGCUGUGUGUCUCCUGCAUCGCCCUUAUCUUCCUAGUGGCGAGGCAACCGGCUCAACAAGGAAUUCCGCAGCGGGCAGCAGGCUUUCGAGAAACAUGGCCUACCAUUCUGCAGAUGCAAUCACCCUGAUUGUCGAGGUUCUUACGGCGAAAGACGAGCUACUGUACUGCCCUUCAUUUGUGCAGUACUCUUUGCUGUGCGCCGUAACAUUGCAUCGGCGUCGAGAGCACGACCCGGAUCCCGCAAACGUCAACGAUGUGGGUAGGCAGAUCGAGACCUCCAACAUAACUUUGCAGAAGAUCCUCAAGACAGCUCCCAUGAGCGACACUGUUCGCACCUGGGUCGAGCCGGCGCCAAGGCCUACCCAUAUCCUUACGAGCACGAGCAAGAACCACAUCAAGGAGAAAAGGCGAAGCCAAUCUUUUCUCUCACACCCAUCAAUGGGCCCGCCUGGACAGUCCAUCAAGAGCCUCAACGCCUCGAAUCCUUCCAGCAGGCGCCUGUCGAAUACACAGAAAUCAUCAGUGCAGCCAGACUUCGCACCUCUUGACUCGGCUCCGCGCACGCUCACGGCUGUCGACAAUGCCUCGGCGGUUCCUGGCGUGCCAGCAGACAUGCUGUCGGUCUUCGGCUUGACUCCGGUAUCGCCAGAACAAGUGGCGUUGCCAGAACGGAAAGAACCCCACGGGAGGCAGACCACGGAGAUAGCGGCAGCGCUGCCACCACCUGCUUUCCAGUACAGCGGCUCGUAUCAGCAGGCAGCGGAGCCCAUGGACGUGGAAGACGGAUCAUCUGAGCAAUACCUCCCCCUGAGCCCCAUGACCUGGGACAACCAGCAGAUCUACGAGUCAACGCUCGACGGCGGCAACGUCCUCAGACCCGGGGGCUUCGAAGGGCAUCGUCACAACACGGUCGGGUUCAUGGGCACGACCUCCGGUCUGCCGGGCGCAUUCACGGAUAUCGCGAUGGAUGACUGGUUUCGGUAUUUUGGAGUUCAUGAGGAGCAGGAAUGAUACUGGCGGGAAGUCCAGAGAGAAACUAUGACGCAUGGGGCAUAUUUUGUCGCUGAUUUCCCUGUAACAGAUACCAUGAGGUAGUGGAAUUAUCGAGCCUGCUUUCCAGGGGCUCGUUGGAGUAGACCUCUUUGAGGAUCAAGAGGAUGUUUCCCCUCCUGCACAUAUCCUGCCCAAAAAAAGGCGCACCUUUUCUGCGCCAGUGAUAACGAAACAGGAACAACGGCCAUAAUACUUCUCAAUAGAAGGAUUUCCGC